UGUUUUGUCUAUUGUCAUCAGCUGUCAACUGUAUAUAUCUGAUACCUAUUAUUUACCAUAUUUUGGCGAUUUUGGCUUUGUGUUUAUUAAAUGGAAAUUCGCACAUUUCUUCUUCGUACAAUACUAAUUAUUUAAACCACGUUAAAUAGACUAAACAAUGGAAAUGUGUAGAGCAUGUUUAUCAACGGAUAGUAACAUGUUACCGUUGGAUGAAGUCCUUAUUGCAAAAUAUAAUUUGCUGACCAAUCUUAACGUUGCAAUGACGGAUGGUUUGCCACACUUAAUUUGUCGCAAUUGUUCGGAAACUGUAAAUCAUUUCAUUGCGUUCAGAGAAAAAUCAACAGUAUCCGAAACUACACUAAGGCAAAUAUUGUAUACAGAUGUUAAAAAAGAAAACUACCCACUUAAUAUUGAUGAUGCAAUAAAUGAAAAUAUAAUAAAGCAAGAAAUCAUAGAUGAAAUAAAAAAUGAAGAUGCAAUAUCAGAUGACGAAUAUGAACUGCAUGAAGAAUAUCAGUAUCUUGUGGAAGUUAAAUCUGGCCUGAUAAAUUCUAAAGACUCAAUAUCUAAAAGAUGUAAAGAAGAGAUUAAAGUCAGUAAGAAAUUGGAAAGCAAACCAAAAAUAAAAGGAUGCCCUAAAAUCAAGGAAGAGGAUGAAACAAAUUUAUUUUGUGGUAUAUGCACCAAAGUAUUUGAAAAUAAUGAUGAACUAAAAAAACAUUUGGAAAGUCACAAGAAUAGCAAGCAUUGCCAACAAUGUGAUGAAAUGUUUGAUGGUUGGUCACAAGUCCUGGGCCAUAGACUAAUACACAUACCCAGAAAACAAAAACGAUGUCAUAUAUGUAUGAAAAGAUUUGUAUCCUGUGUCUAUCUUGAAUAUCAUUACCGUAGUCAACAUGUGAGGGAAGAAGGGACCAAAUUACGAUGCAAGCAAUGUAAUACAUUUUAUGACAAUCCUAGAAAGUUCAAAAAACACAUGUGGUCAAUACAUGGUAAUAAGAAUUAUGUAUGUGAUUACUGCUCUAAAAGAUACAACAGCAAGACUGUAUUAAGAAAGCAUAUAUUAAUUCACAUGGGCACUAAAAAUUAUAUUUGUGAUAUAUGUGGUUUUAAAUCUAACUUCAUUGGUGGGUUGAAAGAUCACAAAAUAAGAAGGCAUACUGCAACUAAAGUGUACUGCAAAGUUUGUGAUAGGCCAUUUCAAAAUCAACAGGAUCACGAUAAACAUAAAUGUCAAAAAAAAAUUGUAAUGUGCCCUGUUUGUGGCUUACAAUUCAGUAGGAACAUGAAGUUAUCAAGACACAUGAAUGUCCAUACCAAUAUACCGAAGUACGAAUGCAACCGAUGCCCUGCUAAAUUUAAAUCUAGUUAUUCGCUGAAGGCACAUCAAGACCGCCACGACGGCAACCGCACGAAGCACUGUGAAUUCUGUCCUGCCAAGUUUUUUACGGGCUCUAGUCUUAUAAAACAUCGUCGGAUACACACAGGGGAAAAACCUUACGUGUGUAAAGUGUGUAGCAAAGGCUUCACUGGAAAUUACAAUUUAAAAGUUCACAUGAAGGUCCACGGCGAAUAUAAUUUAAUCAAUAAAAGAAACAAAGAACCAGAUUCAAACGAAAUUAUUUCCAUUUUUUAGAGUUUACUGUUGUUAUUUGUUACCAAUUGACGAGUUCAUUUUACGUAUAAAAAAUAAAUAUAAUAUGGUUAAAAAAAA